AUCUCCAUUCUCAGUCAAUCCCUUCGACAAGCCAAAACCUCGCAAACAGUCCACUCAGAAAAUCGAUUCAAAUCCCCAAUCUCUCUCUCUCUCUUGUCCAUUCAGCAAUGGUAAUACAACAAUCGAGCUCACAAUCCAUUACCUGAAACUUCGUAUAGCAAUGGUUUUAACCGACUUGGUUAGACGGAAGCUAGCUGCUCUGUUACGGCCAUGGCUGCGACAAGAACCGGAAUUGGAGCUGAAGCUAGGGUUUCUUCGCUCCAACGGAAUCGCGAAGGACCUAAGCUUCGACACUUCCUCCCUCAACCAGUCACUGGACGAGUCCACUCGGUUCUCUUUCAAAGAAAUCAAGGUCGAACAGUUGGCGCUAAACGUAUCCACUUGGUCGUUCCCUGCUUUCACUAUCUCAGUUCACGGCCUCCAUGUCACUCUAUCACUUUGGGAAGUGAAGCGGGACGGUGGGGUGGGACGGAGGCGGAAAUCGAAUGAUAAUUCUAUGGAGGAUAAGAAGAAGGUUCUAUCUGAAAUUGAUCCACAGGGGUGUGCUUUACAUGCAACUAUGGAAAAGAUUGCGGACACCAUUUCUUCAAGAAACUGGACCACUUCUUUCCUUAAUGCUAUACUUAAACAUUGUCGGUUGCAAAUUCAUGAUGUUCAUCUGCUGGUGCAGUCUUCCAUCGCAGAUGAACCCUUUUCAUGUUUUUCGAAGAUAAUGGAGAUUAAUGCAGAAUCUCAAUUUAUCAAGCAUGGAUGCAUACUUAAUGGAGUCAUCAGUUCAUGUUUUGUUCCUUGGAGUGAGAGCUCUUUAGUUUUUGAUAUCAGAGGUUUUGAAACUGGAUCGAAUUAUAAAGAUUGCAUCACCCACAUUGUUCCUUUAACAGACCUGGUGAUUUCCGUUGAAUUGAAAGAUCUUCAGCUUAAAAGCCUCAGUGUCUGUGUUCCAAAAUUAAAGCUCUUAUUUUCUCCAUCAGAUCUUUAUAUCAUACGAGCAUCUAAUGCAAUAUCAUCCAAAGAAGCCAACUCUCCAAGAAAUGGUAGGCUACUAUGGGAAAUAGCUGCUCGCAGAAUUAGUUCCCUGAUCUCUACUCCGAGAUAUUCGUUGGGAAAAGUAGUUGACAGUGUCUGCCUGUGGUUACGUUAUGUCCGUGCUUAUGAGAAUUUACUUGCACUAGUUGGAUAUCCUGUGGACAACAUGAUAAAAAAAUCUGCCAUCAUGAUGUCCAGGGACAAAAUUUUUUCAAGAUCUGUAAGGCACCACUGGGAAGAAAUUUCUGAAUUUGAGAAAAAACUGCCUGCAGAGGCCAUUGCACAGGCACGGCGAAUAAUUCGCUGCAGAGUGGCGUCAAAUGCUCAAUGGACUAAAGAUAGUGGUAACAAUCCACUCGUCAAUAAUCAAUUCAAAUUCUUCUGGAAGAUGCUUCACUUUCUGAUCUUUAUCUGGAGUAUUGUUUGCAUCGUAUUCAAGUCAAUUCUUCACUUUUUCUUUUUGCAAAGCUCUUUGGCUGACCAUCCAAAAUGUAAUUCCGGAGUUGUGUCUGAAGAUUCCUGCCCAAAGCAUUGUUUCUUUCUAAAUGUGGGAGAAUUUUUGAUCACCGUUAACCCAGCAAAUGCACUUCAGCCUCCUGUUGGUAGAAAACCAGUCUCAGGUAUUGGGAUCUCAUAUCCAGAUUUGCUUUCAUUUCGCCUUUCAGUAGAUGUGAUUUUGGUAAGAUACACCGAAAAUUUAUGUGAACGGUCCUUUUCAUUCUAUUGCGGGUCCUGGAAGGUUGUUUCUUUUCUUAAAGAAUCCAAGAAGAAAGUUCAUGAUUCGCAGACCUCUUUAUGGGGUGAGCCUGCUCAAAUUAUAUACUCUACAAGUAGUGGAACCAGUUUUGCUAGUGGUACUGUAGGGACUUCUGUCCCAAUUUUGGAACGUCUUAUAGAAGAAAUGUUGUUUGAUUGGAAAGAAUUUUGCAACAAAAUUGAAGGAAGUAAGAUCCAGGAUUCUAAAAAUCCAUGCCUUAUGUUUGAGAUUAAAUACUCUUUGACAGAUCAAAGCCUCAAGGAUCUGAGCAUGGGGUUUUUAAAAUGCAGUUUGGCAGUAGAAAAAUUGAACUUCUUCUUGGGAUAUUCGUCAAUAGUAUCAAUAUCUGCACUUCUUAGACAGAUAAAACAUGCUCUUUGCUGGACGGACAGCGCCAUGGGGAAAAAAGUAGUUGUACAUACUUCAAUUACCACUGAGGAUCCACCAGUGCUGGUUAGGAAUGGCCAACGCAAGUCAUAUUUCAUUGGUACCGAAAUGGUUAUUCCUGGGAUGCUGCCAGAGAUGCAUAUUCAAGUUGGAGCACUCUUGGUGGGCCCUCACAUCCAAAUAUCCCUGAGAAAGGAGGGGUCUCAUACUGGGAAUGCAGAUCUGAAGCAGAAAGAUAGGCAGGAAUUGCACCUUUCCUUUGAUGUUCACAAUGUUGAAUUUGUUGUUUCACCAACUUCGAGAUCUGACUUUGCAGCAUUAGCUGGGUACACAGCAGUAAAUAAUACAGAACCAGAGUGCCUUUGGCUGAAGGAGCCUCAGAAGCUUGACAUUCCUUUACCUGAUAGUAAAUUUUACAAUGGUCGAAGUCAGAUUUCACUCAAUGCUUACCUGAAAGUUCAGGGUUUGAAUGCUUUCCUUGGGGAAAUAUCGGCAAAUCAAAAGGACGAGAUUAUUGUACUGAAUCCGACAACUGUAAAGUUAUCACUCUUAAGGGAGGAUCUUCAUUCAUUUGGUGCAACAGUUGUUGCUAUCUCUGCAGCUUUGCAUUCGAUGGCUACUGGAAUCACUAUAUUACUAUUUCUGGAUGAGUUGUUUGUUUUGGUCGAGGCAGUUUUUGGGUUAUGUUCUGCUGUUUCACAUCCGUUUACCACGUUUGAUUUAGCUGGUGUUGUAAAUUGUCAAGAAUUAAUCAGGCAAGAGGUGGUGUUUGUUGAUGUGGAAAGUGAGGGGUCAUUGCUUGGUGGAACACAAGGGGCAUCCUCGAUCUAUAUGAACACUAUAUUUGUUGCUAACAACAUUUCUGAGCUGAAGUCGUUGGAUAUAGUUCUUCAUAACUCCAGGAAAACCUAUAAUAUUGAGGAUUAUGUGAAAACGGUUGAUGGCGUGAGAAGCAAAAAAUUGGCCAUGCAUGAUCUACCUGAUUAUGGAAUUUGCAUUUUGGUUCAACAAUCAUUUAUGGACUUUUCCUUUAAAGAUGGGAAAGUGGAAGUUCUUAUUGAUGUUUCUGAAGUUCGGUCUGUUGUUUUUAGAUUUGUGAGUGAGGUGGCGAAAAGCUCUGGUGAAUUUGCACCCGAUCAAUUUCGACUUGAAAAUCUGCUGCUGCAUUCUCUCAAUUGCUUGUAUGAAGUGUCUAUUCCUCGUUGCACAUUUUCCUUGUGGUUAGGAUUGCUUCAGGAACCUUCUGGAAGUGUGAGCAAUGGGGUUGAUGCUUCUACUUCUGGUGGUAAAGUUUCGCACAUGGUAGAGGAUUCCCCACGGACAGUUGAUACCGAAAGAUAUGGGGUUCAAUCUUUCAGUUUUGGUCAGAAAUUGGGAUUCACAUCAAAUAUACUAGCUCCACCCUCAAGUCAUUGGUUACAUGUCAACAUUGCCCUGAGUGAAGUUUAUCUAGCAGGUUGCCCCGAAAAGAAUAUUCUGGUUGGAGCACAUAAUUUGAAUAAGCUUGAUGCAUCACUUUCUGUUGGGCGACAAUUUCAGGCAAUCUCGUGCCAAACUCAGGGUGGGGUUAUAUUCCUUGAAACCACAGCAUUGGUAAUAUUUGUACAUUGUUUUACUGCGUAUUGUCAAUGCAUCAAUAAUCUUCUUUUUGUUGCACCAUCAUCUGGGGAAGGCAUAGUGGCCGUACAUGGCAAGGAUCUCGCUACGAUGGGUAACUAUCCCACUCAAGAAACAACAAAAAAUAUACUUCAAGAAGUAAAGUGGGAGCAGUUGGUAGCAUUGACCAUUGAUCUUUCUCACCUUUCUUUUGUACUUGUGACCAGCGAUGAAUCUGGCAAGCUUCAGGAACUUCUGUUUGAGGCUGAUAUUCAUUUGAGCCUUGAAGUGGCAAACAUGAGAAGAAAAUUCUCAUUUGAUAUUUUGAAACUGUCGAUUCUUUCACAAGUCCUCCGUGAAACCAUGGAACAACGAACCAAGGAAAUUCAAACUCCUCACGUUUCUUCUGUCAUGACUAGUGGUUUGUCUGGUCAGUCUACAGAUGGAAAUUCCACUAUAGAAUUUGAGCAUAGGGAUAGGAUUCAUUCAGUUGAUAGUGCAAGUUGCUCAAGCACUUCUGUCUCCCAAAAGGAAUCUCAUGCGGAUAAUUUGAAAACUCAAGUCUUGCAUUUAAGUCCUCAAAACUACAUCUUAAAAGAGUUGAGCGCUUUUGUGGCAGUUGAGCAGCCCAUGGCAAGGGAUGUGAUUAGUCCCAUGCACAUAAAUCAGGCUUGGGUUGGCAGUGGUUCUAUCUCAGGUUUUGAUAUAACAGUCUCUCUGCCCGAAAUACAGAUGGUACUUUUUGCUGUUGAGUCUUUGUCUGGGGUUUUCAGCAAAGAGACAACUAACAAUGUGGAACAAAGGCAGUGGUCCAGUAACCACGAAUCUGAGAGAAGUUUGCAAGAAUUAGUUUCUGAUGGAGCUAUUGUUGCAAUCCAAGAUGUGCAUCAACACAUGUAUAUUGCUGUUGAAGGUGCUGAUAGCAAGUACAGUUUAGUUGGUACAACUCAUUAUUCGCUUGUGGGGGAGAGGGCUCUUUUCAGGGUGAAGUAUCACAAUCCAAGACUAUGGAAGUCACCCGUUCAAUGGUUCUCUUUGAUUUCAUUGCAUGCGAAAAGUGAUUCAGGGGAGUCACUAAAGUUAAAUUUUCGCCCAGGCUCAGGUUUUGUUGACAUUUCCAGAUGUAACGACAGUGGGUGGGCACUUUGGAGAAUGCUUCCUUACAAACCUCAAACUUAUGAGGGUGAUACUCAGCUGGAAUCUUAUAGUCCUAUAGCUAAAAAAUCAUUUUACCUUGUGAACAAGAAGAAUGACUGUGGUAUAGCUUUCGUUGAUGGGGUUUUUGAAUUCGUCGGCAAACCUGGAAAUCCAUUUAAGUGGAAAGUGUUCCCUAAUCCUUCGUUAGCUUAUGAUAACUUGUUACCAGAUAGCUACGCAGCUGGGGCAUCUAGAACUAAUCUGCUGGAUCUUCCUAUGAACGAGGACAGAAACUCUGAGCAAAUUGGAAAGCUCUCCUGCAUUAAUGUUACAAUUGACAAAGUUACUCUGACCAUUGUACAUGAACUUGCAGAUACAAGGGAAAAGCUCCCACUCCUCCAGGGAUCUAUCAAUACUACUGAUUUUGUUGUACAGAUUCUGUGCACUAAAGCGAGGAUUAUGAGCAGAUUAGAGAUGUUGCUAUAUUAUUUUGAUGCCCAGAGAAACUUAUGGAGAGAAUUUGUUCACCCAGUUGAAAUAUGCAUUUUCUAUCGCUUUAGGUUCAAUCUCCAGGUUUCAGAAAAUGUUUCGCUCGGAUUGCCUGUUCAUUUUAAUUGUAAUAUCAAAGAGUUGAGCAUAUCAAUAACUGAGCUUUCGUUGGACAUACUUCUCUUUGUGAUUGGAAAGCUGAAUUUGGCUGGGCCCUAUGCAAUAAGAAACUCCGUCGUUCUGGCUAACUGCUGCAAGGUUGAAAACAUGUCCGGCUUGACCCUUCUUUGUCACUUUUAUGAUAACGAAGAUGCAUCAAUUGCUAAUGGUCAAUCCACUACCAUUUUCUUAAGGCACUUAUCUUCAGUAAAUCAACCUCCGGAAGCGUCGUUUUUCUCAAUCCAGCUUACGGACCAAGGAGCUUUUUCUACUUCUCCUAUCCGGGUGUCACUUUCAGAAGAACGAGCAUUUGCUUGGAGAACACGCAUAGUUUCAUUACAAGACUCAAAGACUUAUCCUGGGCCAUUCGUCGUGGUUGAAAUUUCAGAUAGAAGUGAGGAUGGUGUGUCAAUUGUGGUAUCGCCUUUACUAAGAAUUCAGAAUGAAACUGAUUACUCUAUGGAGCUGCGUUUUCAACGGCCUAAACAAAAGGAAACUGACGUUGCUUCUGUGGUGCUGAAUGCGAGGGAUACAAUUGAUGAUUCUAUGGCAGCUUUUGGUGCUAUAAAUUUGUCCGGUGGUCUGAAAAAGGCAUUGGUGUCUUUGAGUGUUGGUAACUUCUUAUAUUCUUUUAGACCAAGAAUUACGGAGGACUUGGGUAAUUUUAAGAUUUCAUUGGUGGAGUGGUCAGAAGAUCUUAAAGGCGGAAAGGCUAUUCCUCUAUCUGGAAUAUUUGAUAAAUUAAGUUACCGUUUCCGGAGGGCCUUUUCUGUUGAAUCAGAAAAGUUUUCCUUAAUUACUACACAUUGUUCUCUCAAAUCUGAAGCUGGGGAUGUUGCUAACUUACAUUUCCUAAUUCAGAGCAUCGGAAGGAAUAUUCCUGUUGUACGUCCCGAUAACUUCGGGUAUGCCUCUGAAAGUAGAAAUUCACCAGUUGCACUCCAAGAGCAGAAGGAAAUCUUUAUUCUUCCUACUGUUCAGGUCUCCAAUUUACUUCAUUCCGAGAUACAUGUGAAUUUGACCGAUACAGAUGCACUGGCCUCUGUUAGCUCGGGCAAUUUAGGCAAUCAGGCAACUAUUCCUUGUGGUUCAACUGUAAAUUUUUAUGCUAAUCCCGCCACGUUAUACUUUGUGGUUACUUUGACUGCAUUUAAUUCAAGCUGCAAACCAGUUACUAGUGGUGACUGGGUUAAAAAGUUACAGAAACAAAAAAAUGAUGUCCGUCAUUUGGACAUUGAGUUGAAUUUUGCCGGAGCAAAAUAUUUUGCUUCCUUGAGAUUGUCGCGCGGACAGAGUGGUAUACUAGAGGCUGCUAUCUUUACUUCCUACACGCUGAAAAAUGACACCAAUUUUUCUUUGUUUUGCUUUGCUGCCAAUCAGAAGCCUCUGCUUAGGGAGGAAGCCGAAAAGCUAGGUUCCAGAAUUCGUCCAGAUCUAGGGUCUUUUUUGCCCCCCAUGUCUAGUAGAUCAUGGUUCCUGAAACACAACAGGUUGCGAUUGAAAUUAUUGGAGGAGAAAGCAUGUGAGGCACAACUGGACUUGGAUGCAUUAUCAGGUAUUACAGAGAUAGACCUGGAAGUAGAAGAAGGACCUGGAUUCAAAAAUAAUAUGAAGUUGGGUGUGGCUUUAAGGCCGCAUAUGAGUAAAGCAGUUGUUCCAUCACAAAUAGUAUCUAUGAACCCUCGAUAUGUUGUAAUCAAUGAAUCGGAGGAAGUUAUCAUUGUUCGUCAAUGUUAUUUGGAGAAUGACAUGGAAGGCAUGAUUACCAUCCACAGUAAACAGAAAACAGCCUUGAGGCUGCGGAAGGGAAUAACCAAAAACAAGGAAACUAAUAUCCUUGAGAAUUUUCUCAGAAAGCAUAUAAAUGCUCUAGAUGAUUCGUUACUCCAUAUUCAGUUCCGACCAAAUGAGGCUGGAUUGGGUUGGUCAGGACCAGUAUGUGUUGCUUCACUGGGACGGUUUUUUCUGAAAUUCAGAAGAUCCUUAGAAUUUCCUGUACGAGAAUCAGCUUAUGUAACGGAACAUGACAAAAGUUUAUGGGACUUUGCGGCUGUUCAUGUGGUAGAAGAAGGUUCUACUCUUCUUUUGCACUUCAACAGAUCAUCAAAAAUUAACCUGCCUUAUCGGAUUGAGAACUGCUUGCGUGAUGCUUCUAUAGUUUACUAUCAGAAGGGUUCUUCAGAGCCAGAGAAUCUGAGAUCUGGAGGUAGUGUCAACUACGUUUGGGAUGACUUGACUCUACCUCAUAAGCUGGUGGUCCAAAUUGAUGAUGUGCGUCUGUUACGUGAAAUCAACUUGGAUAAAGUGCGGCCUUGGAAACCAUUCUAUAGGUUCAGGCAACACAGAGGGCUGGGGUUUCAUUUACCACUGGAUAAAAAUCCAGAAGACCAAAAAGGGUCUAGUUAUGAAUGGUUAAAUAGUUUGGCUACAGUAAAGUUGGGUUAUGAAGUAUAUGCAGAUGGCCUCACACGAGUUUUGCGAAUUUGCGAAUUUUCUGAUAAUCGCAAAGGUGAUACCAUCUCCCACUCCAGUGCAAAAAUGCAACUAAGAAUCACCUAUUUUGCACUUAACUUGCUUGAGCAUGCUAAGCAGGAGAUAGGUACAGGCGACACACCUUACACAGGUAUCAUAGUUAUGAGGCUCAGAAACAUCAAUCUCGAUUCUAUUUUCACUAAUCAGCACAAAUUUAAUCAGAUCCGAGUACAGUCUCUGAGUGUGGACCAGAAGUGGAUAGGAGCCCCUUUUGCGGCAAUGCUUCGUAGACGGCAAUCUGAUUACCGUGACACCAAUGAUGAUGUACUUCAUUUUGUACUCAUUCUACUUCAAUCGAGUUCAAAUGUUAAACAAGUCAAAUACUCGUCCAUUGUCCUGCAGCCACUUGAUUUAAACCUUGAUGAGGAGACACUAAUGAGAAUUGUUCCAUUUUGGAGAACAUCCCUCAGUGACUCAAAUACUUCCAGUCAGCAGUAUUACUUUGAUCAUUUCGAGAUCCACCCAAUUAAGAUUGUAGCAAGCUUUCUUCCAGGGGACUCUUAUUCUAGCUACAGCUCAACCCAGGAGACAUUAAGGUCCCUAGUGCACAGUGUGAUAAAGAUUCCUGCCAUAAAAAAUAAUGUCGUAGAGCUCAAUGGGGUCCUGGUAACUCAUGCUUUGAUAACCUUGCGUGAGUUGUCUAUUAAGUGCGCACAACAUUAUUCAUGGUAUGCCAUGAGGGCAAUAUAUAUUGCGAAAGGAAGUCUGUUGCUUCCACCAGCUUUUACUUCUAUUUUUGAUGACUUGGCUUCAUCUUCUCUCGACCUCUUUUUUGAUCCUUCAAGUGGCCAAAUAAAUCUUCCUGGUCUCACCUUAGGUACAUUUAAGUUCAUAAGUAAAUGCGUUGAUGGCAGAGGAUUCUCUGGGACAAAAAGAUAUUUUGGUGAUUUGGGUAAAACUUUGAAAACCGCAGGCUCAAAUAUACUAUUUGCUGCAGUCACCGAGAUAUCAGACUCAGUUCUGAAGGGAGCAGAAGCUAGUGGUUUUAGCGGAAUGGUCAGUGGUUUUCACCAAGGAAUACUUAAAUUGGCAAUGGAGCCAUCUGUACUGGGGAAUGCCUUUGUGGAAGGUGGUCCAGAUCGGAAAAUUAAGCUUGAUCAAAGUCCUGGGAUUGACGAGUUAUAUAUUGAAGGGUACCUGCAAGCUAUGUUGGAUACAAUGUAUAAACAAGAAUAUCUCAGAGUGAGUGUCAUGGACAACCAGGUUGUCCUCAAGAAUCUGCCUCCAAACAGUUCUCUUAUAGAUGAGAUCAUGGAACGUGUAAAGGGUGUCCUAGUAAGCAAGGCCCUUUUGAAGGGGGAACCUUCAAGAACUAAUCAUCCUUUAAGCCUUAUUCGAGGAGGAAGUGAAUGGAAAAUUGGACCCACAGUGCUGACUCUGUGUGAACACCUCUUUGUGAGUUUUGCAAUCCGUAUGCUGAGAAGGCAAUCUGGUAAGGUUAUAGCCAGAGUCAAGUGGAAGGAUAAAACGGUGGCCGAUGAUGAGAAAGCCAUUAUACCCGCCCCCACCAGCGACAAACAGAAGGUAAAAUCUGUGUGGAAAUGGGGAAUCGGGAAAUUUGUGUUUUCAGGUAUAGUUGCAUAUAUCGAUGGAAGGUUAUGCCGUUCUAUUCCUAAUCCUGUAGCAAGACGGAUUGUUAGUGGGUUUUUGCUAAGUUUUCUUGACAAGGAUGACAAUGAAUGAGCCCCCCCACCCACCCCUUCCCCAAUCAAACACACAAGAAAAAAAAAAUUGUGCCUUUUGUAAUCCAGGUUCUCAUGGCAUGGGCAAAUGUUUCGGCCAUUCUUACUGUAUAUAAUCAAUUGGUUGACUUAUAUAGAAGAAAAGUGAGUAGUUAUUGACUUAGAUGAAGGAUAGUUAUUGGGUUGUGUCGGCUGUAUUUUUUUACUUGAUUAUACAUUAUUAGUUAGUGAUUUUACGUGACAAUAUUGAUGUUGGUAUUACCGUUGCAUUGAAUACUCAUGUUUCUCAUGGCAUGGACAAAUGCCUUGGGCUACC